GAUACAUAUCUCUGCUCAAUACCACGAUCAUGUCCAACCACAAACUCCCUUCACCCGAAGGUCAGUCUACCUUCUACCUUCUUCCCUCCCCUCUACUGAUAUAAUUUGAUACAAUUCAACCGCUUACGAGGUAUCCUCACCGAUGACCCAAGAAGCUGGGAUGAAGCCUGGUUCGUUCCCCCUCCAUUCCCUAACACCAUCGGAGUCUCGAUAUCGAUAACUACUUACCUCUACCACUCAAAAAGGAAACAAAACGCUACACCCUGGGAUGGCGGCGACAUGCAACCAUCACUAAAAGACCUCAUCGAAUCAAAAGAGCUCGAUUUACCUGAAAACGGUAGAGCUCUCGUUCCAGGCUGCGGAGCGGGAUACGAUGCCAUAUUUCUAGGUGGAUCUCUCGGUUACGACGUUGUCGGUUUGGACAUAUCCCCUGCAGCACUCGAAACUGCUCAAAGAAACCUAACCUCAUCCGGCCUCCAAACCUCCAAAGUCCACUUCAAAGCAUCCGACUUCUUCACUCUCGACCCUACCGAAGAAAAAGACAAAUUUGAUCUCAUCUAUGAUUACACCUUCUUCGUCGCCAUCCCCCCAUCCCUCCGCCCAAAAUGGGGUUCCCAAAUGUCCAAACUACUCAAACCAAAAGGUCACCUCAUCACACUCGUUUAUCCUAUCCUCCCCUACACCGAAACAGGCCCACCAUUCUACGUACGACCAGAACAUUACCCUGAGGUUCUCGGAGAAGGAUGGGAGAAGGUUAUCGAUCGUGUGCCAGAUAAUAGCGUCGAAACCCAUAUCGGCAAGGAGAGACUCGUUGUCUGGCGGAAAUUAUGAACUUGGGGGUUCUUACUAUUGGUUCAUGAUGAUGGGAUACCCGCACCAUUCAUUGCGCAAUCGCAGCCCUCACGGUGUAAUCCCGUUUUUUUCACUCCCGAA